ACUAGAAGCCUGCAGCAGCAAAUGAGACAGAACAACGAGGCGGGAGAGGUAGAAAGAGAGACAGAGAGGGAGGGAGGCGGAGAGGGGCCCCGUGUAGGAGAGAGGGCUACAGGGUGAGGAAGGAGAAGGAGUAGAGAAAAAGUUAGAGGAAAGUAGAGGAAACAAGAAGGUCCAGGAAAGGAGAAAAAGAACAGGCGCAGAGAUUAACAACUACAGGAGAGGAGAAGAAGAAGAAGAAGAAGAAGGGAAACAACAGACAGGAAGGAAGGGGAGGGAGGGAGAAGUCUUGGGUAGAGAGAGGCGAAAAAAGAAAGAGCUGAAGAAAAGUUUUUCUUGUGGGAAGACGCAGAUGAGGAAAACAGAGCGAGUGAAUGACUGGGCUGGAGAGAGCAGGGACGGGAGGAAACCAGUUGUUUUCUAAGGCGUUUUCUACUCAAGCCUCUCUGGACUUCUUUGGACAUGUACACAGAAGGCGCACAAACAACGGGACACCACCGAUUUUCUCAGCACACCAACACCUCCAUCUCCCCCUCCACCCCCUGCUCCUGCCAGCACUGCGUCCACUAUGAGAAGCAAGCGUACGGCCGCCACAGUGGGUCGGCAUACAAACCAGCAUCAGCCAGACAGACGGACCACCCAUCUCUGGACUGCAGGGGAGACAUCCAGGCUCCUCGGGUUAAAGACGUAGGAGGGCGAGUGUUCGUAGUGGACAGAGUAGAGAGAAGCGGUCAUCGCAGCCCACAGAGGAGGCCUGUGUUCGCAGGGCCGGGCCCUUACAGCCAGUCAGAUGACUUGAGCCAAGUUUGCCCCUGGGAGUUGAACCCUGCCCAGUGGAGCUACCCGCCGGAGCCUGGGGUGAGACACUACCCGUCUGUCAGAGAACAGUGUGGCUGUGUGGUGCCCCUCAGCACGGGAAUGCCACAUCCUCUCCCUCAUCUUCAGGUCAAAGGUCAAGGGUACAGGCACAGAAGGACAGUCAGGUAUGUCUGCGUGGACGAGGAGGAGGAAAGCUGCACCUCGGAGAACUAUCAUUUGGAGUCACAUGAGCCCCAUCUUGGCCGUUUACACAUGUCAAACGGCCACAGUGGACAGAGGCCUGUGUUCUUUGAGGGAGGGGAGGAAAGAGAUAGCCAUCAGGACCGAGGCAGACUGAAGGGCGGAUCAGAGGAGCGCUGUAAUGGACGCGGUGGCUCUCACAAAGCUUUCUUCCCCACUGAGGUCCCGCAGAAAAACUUGAAACAAGGCAGACAGAAGGGGCCCUGCCUCCCUCCCUCUGGCAUCACCAGUCCAGAGCCGUCGAAGCCAACAACCAACGACGAGCUCCGGCGGCAGGAGUCGGAGGUGGCGAAGCAGAGGACGAGGCAUGAUCUGGUUAGGGAUCAAAUCAGACAAGUGGUGACAGAUCUGGAGGAUGUGUUGGGGGGUUUAAAGCAAGUUCACGUGGAGAUGAAAGAGGUGGUCCAGCAGAUCGAUCGACUCACAGCCUGCAUCGACCUCAGUGAGGAGGCGGCCUGCAUCACUCAGGGGUCGUCCACUACCUUUCACGGCUCAGUUCAUCCUGGUGACCUCAGGUUGGCCCCGCUGCCCAAUCACAAGCCUGCUCCAGCUCCUGUCCAGGCGUUGCGGCACGUUGAUGAAGACCGGAUCAUAUUAAGAACUAACUCUCCCUCGCCCGUUCACAUGGCAUCAGUCGUGAAAACAAGCCGCUUCACCCCGCCCAACCACAGUAAGGACAUCAACCAUGUCAAGGCAAGUGUGAACGGACACCCGCCUCACCUGUAUCCUCCCAGAGACUCCAAUCACAUUGGCCAAACUCAUCCUGAGUCACACCCACAGAGCCUGGACCCUAAAGUCAUUAUUGGUAACAGCACCUCCAAUUCGAGAACUCAAAAGCCUCCUCUGUACCCUCAAAACGGGCGGUGUGGGAAGGGCUCGUACCCGCCCUCCAAGCCUCUGAGGACGCCUGCCUACCCCGGGAGAGGCCGCCAGAACGCCAGCAUGGUGUGAAGGAGGAGGGGGGUGGUCUGCCCCAGUGCCAUGGGGGCCUGAAACAUGAGACCCUGCUGCAGCGAGUGGAGGUCAAAGUGGGACCAUGCAGGCAGGGGAACAACUCAUGCAGGAGCUGAUGCCACUGAGACAAGCUGUCAGCCGGUGGAAACAGAGCACGGCCUGAAGAUGGGGGUAUUUCCAAAGGGAAAACUUCCCCAAGAGUCGACCCACGACUGUAUGUCAUGCAAGCACAGGAGCAUGGAGGAGUGAGAACCUCUGAGAAUUUCUGCUUUUGCUGUUACUGGUGAUGUAGUGGCAAACAAUGAGAGGAAUAAACUGUGAACUGCUGCUCAACGACCACACAGAGAAACAUAUCUCUUCAUGACAAUGUUAAUUUAUUUUUACUAUUUUUUUUUUUAUAUUGCAAAAGAAAUCUAUUUUCAGGCAGCUUACACCAGUUUGGAUACUACCUAACCCAACGUAUGCUACGUUAAGAUUCAUAUCAUCUGAACUAUUGUAGAGUUAUUUUUACACUUGGACUGUAAUCGGCAAGGAGACGGGAAAGUUGGAAAGGCAGAGCUGAGAUUAAAUUGCAAUACAAUAAAUUCUGCUGGACUUUUCUCACACAAAUCACUCUGACGUCUCAAUUAUCUCUAGAGGUGAUGCAUUGGCCGCUAAAUGUCCCACAUUGGAAUAUUAAAUAAAAAGAAAUGAUGCCAGCGUUUCAUUGCCCCUGACUCUGGGAAAUUAUUUAAGCAGAAGCGUCCCAAGUGGCUGUGGAAGUUACUUCCUUGGCUGAUCUGGAGAUGGCAGUGUGCGAUCCUUGUGGCCUUAUUCUGUCAGGACGCCCGCUGCUUCGUCCAGGGCCAGCGUCUGUGUCCGUGUUUGUUUAAAUCUUGUCUGAGACUUUCACCACUCUGCUCUCACAAGCUCCUGCUGCUGUCAGGCCAGCAACACAGCUUCCCUCCGACCACCGGCGUAAUCCAUCCACCUCACAAAACACCCCUCGCUCUCUGCGUCACUGUCAGCAUCGCCGAUGGAGAGCUGUGGUGACAGAUGGAAUAUGACACGUGCAAAGUGUCAAGUGUCCCGGCCACUUUGUCACCCGCUGUCUCUGCCUGCAGCCCAUAACAGUUAGAUUAAUUGCGCAGUAACGGAGUGUGAGGGGCGACGCCGUGAGGAGGCGAUAAGCUGCCGAAGGUUAGAUAGAUGCGCAAGGUCAAGUGCCGGAGGCCAUCAUGACUUGUCGAGAGUAACAUCGAAAGUGAGUUGGGUUUUUUGGUGCGCUGAGUGUCCUAUUGUAGCAUCCUUAGCAUCCUAAGGUUACUUUAAUGAUCAAUUAUUUGAUGACUGUAUUGAGAAAUCAUUUGGAGAGAAACAUUAGGAAACAGAGAGCCGAAGUCACGCCCCAUGGGACCUUAUUUUCGGGAAAAACGUUGCCUGGUAGUCAAUGGAAAAAGACAAAUCCUUUUCCUGAUCCUGCUUAAAUUGUGCCAUGAAGUUUACAUGUGGCUUGAAUAAAAACUAAACUAACGCGGGGAAGCAUCGCAGGUGGAGUAACACAGACGAGGGGAACGAGUGUAGAAACCCAAGAGAGUAGGGAGGGAGUUGUAAGGCUGGGAAGCACACUGGGAGCAGGGCUGGGCUAAUGAAGACGACGCAGAGCAGGUUCGGAAGGAAAAACACACUGGGGAGGAACGCGAGAACACAAGAGGGACACACGGCAAACGACAACACAAAACCCAGAAAACAUGAAAGACAAUUGAAAGAGGACAGAAAUGACAGGACCGUGAAAAUAAAAACAGAGAAAUGUAGAACAUCCUCACAUUUGGAGCAGCUUGAUCCAGAGAAUGUUCGUCAUGCUCGAUUAAUGCAUUAGGUGAUCGUUUUUUGGGGUUUUGUUUUUUCAUCCACUGCCAAACAAAACAGUCGUUUAAUGAAUCAACAGUGCUUCACUGUGUCUCUAAAUUUCUGUGUUUAGCAAAGACUAAGUAGUUUUGAGCCCAGUCAUGAACUGUGUCAGGAUAUUUUUCAUAUUGCAGAUACAUCACCCUGCUUUCUAUUCAUAGGAGAGUUCUGUUUUGGCAGUGAGAUUUAAAAAAAAACAACAAAAACUUUCUUUCAACCCUUUUAUUUGACUAAACUUUUAAAACAAGUAACACUCGAUAAGACGCCAUAUGAAUACCAAGUCAAAGUCACAAAACAACCAUCAAUCCUCAAUGGAUCACUUAAAGGUCUGCAGGCCUGGGUCUCAGAUAACGUCUGCUCCGCCCAAACCCUGGUGGGCUUUGAGAAAGGCCACGUCUUGGCCUGCUGUCCAAGUGCAUGAAUCAGACUGAAGGCACACCGGCUGAGCUGUUGGCCGUGCCGCCUUUGUAAAUACUGGAGUGACUCUGGAAUGUCAGACAGAGAUUUAACCAAGAACAACACUGACUCUGAACGCUGCCACCUCCCGUUUGUCUCAACAACCCAAAAAUAAUACAUGACUAGGAUGCUGUUAAUACCGCAGGUGCGUCCAGUGGAGUUUUGUUUUCUCGCCUGCUUCGGUUCAGGAUGGACAACUGCCGUCUCAAAGGCUACGGCCUGAUCCUGAACCACGGCUAGAGAACCAACCAGCCUCCAAAAACAAAGAGCCAUGCUGGGAGAGACAGUAUCAGCUUUAGGGUGAUGACACGUAGUCCCAAGUAAUCUCUACAAACAGAUAUCUGCAUAUGAAUGCAGAAUCUGUAGGUAAGGGACUUUAGUAUUGGAAGCAUUCUGGUUUUGGUUUGUAGUCAAAGUCGUGGCUGACCAUGUUUGAGCAGGCUCUCAUUGCAUGCAGGUUAACAGUCCUCGCGGAGCGCAGAAGAGGCUGAUCACCUCAGCUGACAUGCGAGCUUAGAUUAAUUCGAGUUUUAAAAAAUAGAUGUGCAUUAGUGUGCUGAUGCAUUGUAGAUUUACCCUAAACUUCUACUCCAUUCUCGCGUCUCAAGUUGCUAAUCGAACCAUAAGUUAUGAACCAUCAGCCUUGUUCUGUGUCCUGUCUUCUAUCUGGCAUCUGUCAGUUGAAACAAGAACUCACUUUGGUACAGGAGUUGGCAAACUGACAUCAUGUGACACUGAAACUGAGACAGCCAUGUUGGUCCAUGAAUGUUGGUAUUAACACACCAAAGUCAGAAAAACGAACGUGACCGUCCUGGGAGCAUGUGAAUGCAGCAUGAGUUCAGUCCCCAGUCUGGUGUCCAGCUGUGUUCACUGGGAGUCGGCCGAGGCUGAGCCCUGCUGACUGCAGUGACUCUCUGUCAUCCGAGGUCACAGGACAGGAAUUAGAGUUAGCUCCACAGCUAACUGAGCUAACAAAGCUAAGCAGCAGUAACUGCGCCCCCUAUAGUUUUGGAGCCGCCUUUAAACUACUAGAGGUCAGCAAAAACAAGGUGCUUGUGGGGAUUUAAACUACUCUUCAUCCCUUCAGCUCAUUGAAUUCUUAUAAUAAAAAGAAAAACUUAAAAAUGUGUUUAUACAUCAAAUGUUAAUGUAAAUAAAAAUAAUGUAAGCUGGUUUGUAGCCAUUACAUUUUAGAAGUUAGAAAAUAUACCAUGUCUAAAUUGGCCUUAUGUAGAUUUUCUUUAUGUUUUGAGAUAAAACAUGCAUUUUUUAUAGACCUAUUGUACAGAUUUAAAGUUAUAAUUACAAAAGAAUUUACAGCCAAAAGGCCAGGAGUAACGUCAGCAGAAAACAAUUAAAUAAGAGGAAGACAAAAAUAAAAAAACUGACAGUAUAAAAAUAAAUACCACCAAGACUGAAUAUUAAGAGUCAGAAGAUGAAGUGAUAAAAUCAAAUCCCCCAAAAAUAUCCCCACAGUUGUUUGCAUGCUGGGGAAUGUGUGCUAAUUUCAUCUACCUAAAAAAACAGUCACUGUUGUGUGUGCUGAAGAUAACACUGUGUGUACUAUUAUUUAGUUUUUCAAUCAUACAUUAUUUCAGUCCAGAAAACAAAAGUCCAAUCCACUGGUUACGAGUUAGGGAUUAUCGGUUUUCUUUACCAAACACUGAUUUGUUUAAAAGACAGUCAAACGAGGAAUUUGUGUUGUUGUUCGUUGCCAAAAACAUGUGAGCUUGUCCCUUUUGCAAUGUCCUUUGGGAAUUUCAAAGUGAACAAAACAGACUGAUGGAAGAGGAAAACUGAAUGUUUGAAGAAAGAGAUUAGGAGCUCAUGGGAAAAACAGUACAGUACAAUCAAAGAAUAGCAAGUCCUCUGAGCAACCCCCCCCUAAAAAAAAUAUAACCCAAGCCACAAUACCACCCAGCUCGAGAGAGAAACAGAACUCCUCAUCAGUCCCACUCGAAGGCGACUCCUCUGUGUUUUGUCUCGGCGCACCAUGUAGUUUUCACUCUGUAAAUUUACGACGCCGUCUCCGCCGCUUGUGUAAGUGACCCCGGGUGAGGAAGUGGCCCACUUUGUCUGUCCUACACGCUGGUCUACGGCUGACCUCAGCGCUGCUCUUAAUCUCAGUGGGAUGACAGAAGUGCUGAGGAAUUUCUCUGCUCUGUGCCUAAACCAACCUGUCAAGACGUUCUCUGUGGGCCGAGCACGUUCCUCUGCUACGUCCCCGCCGGCUCUCACGUGGCCCCGCUUUGUUGAAAUAUGACCUCUGAAUACCAAACCCUGGCCUCGGUAACCUCUCCAAACACUGCCCACCUACGUGCAGAUGCAUCCGGAAAAUGUCUCUCCUUGCCACAGUAUGUUCAGUCUAAGCUGCAGGCAGAUGGCGAAAAACCCAUCCCAUUCCCUCCACACCUUACCUACCUGCACGCUGGAUGGUGUUUGUUGAGGCCAAAUGAGAGGUGCCAGCCGGUUCUCCUCUGUGCUUGUGUAAGGCUAACGAGAGCCUGCGUCCAGAUGUGGGUGUGAAGCUCCACAGCUGAGCAAACAGUGGCUGUCUUUCUCUACAGCGUGGCAUGUUUAAAAUGACAUGCUGGUCCAAAGAGGAGGAGACCGGCUGAGCUCUGAAGAGAGCAAGUCAGCCGAGCACUCGUCACCUGAUCGGACAGCUUAAAGUUCAACAUCCCUUGAGUUUUUACUGGCUCCGGGGAUGUAAUCCUGGUUUGACUCAUAAGUGAGUCUGAAAAGAAUGUCAAGAAAGAGCAAAGCAAGUAUAAAUCAAGAAAAAAAAGCCAAAUGGUGUAAUAAAAGUGUGAGCCCACCAUGAUGUCACCCAUUGGUUUGUGGACUGCCAUUUUAAACCCUUGAGUCUCUCUCAGUAUGCGUCCUUGUCUGUCUUGUGUCCUUGUGAAACGUCAUCUCUUGUGGCCCAAGCGCUGUCCCAGUACACAAGUUUGUAUCUUGCCAAGAACGGUUACAAUUCUGGGAAGUGUUCUUGAGAGGUCCAUUUCACUGAGGAUGCAUCGAUUGGUAACUUGUGUGAACUUGCCAGCGCAAAUAUUCCAGCAUUAAUUUUGUCAUUCAAGCGAGAGGUGGAAAGCUGCCUAGCAGGAGGCCAACAGCAAGACGUUUUGGUGGAUGAAUCGGAAACUAACCGCUGCAUUUUCAGUUUUAAUCAAUUCUAGCUAUAAUGGAAUCAUUCACAAACUGUUGCUGUUGUUGACUUUGGCAUCACGGCAGUCGGCAUCUUGUUUUUUUUGGAGCCAGUAGAGACCACAUUUUGACAAGAGGGUUGAGCUGGGGAGGAUAUCUUGAUUAGAUCUGACUGAGAAUCUGAGGACAAUCAAUCUAUUGAAUCUAUUAGACCCCACAUUUGACCAUAAUUUAUAAGACGAACAUCAUGCUGCACUGAAGACGACUUUGGAGGAAAAUGUUGACUGGUAUAUACCGAUUUAAAAGAGAAUUUUAGUUUAGAACAUUUAAAAGAUGAACUGACAUUAUUAACAGAAUGUGAAGAAACAACUGUGUUGAUGUCAAAGUGUGCUGCGCACUGUGCUGUAGAGAUGCUUUCUGAAGUUAGCAUGCUAACCAGCUAGCCUCCAGCCUGUCCUGUCUGUAACACCACUUGCCAGCUGUUUGUGUGAUAAAUCACAAAAUAAACUCACAAAAU